ACAUUUCCCAGCAGCGGUUCUCUUCUUCUGGCUCAGCCACGUGCCUAGAUGAGCUCUGAGUAGCAGGUCCUCUUAGCCGACUCCCGCCUUCCGGAGGCUGUCGGGUCUGAGGCGCGGCGGUGAAUUCUGCAGCCCUGGGUCUCAGCGCGCCCCACUUCCCAAGCCUCAGUUCCGGUUAGGCUCGCUCCCUCCGCCCCCCACCCCCUCGCCCGCCUCCGCCCUCGCAGAUUGACUGGGGAAACCCACCAAUGGAAAGCUCCGGGAGGCGGGCCUAGAACGCGGGCUGGAAGAAGAAAAGCAAAUUUCAAGUUGGCGGCUGCGUGGGCCCCGAGUGGGGGAGGGACGGCAGGGUUUCUCUGCAUAGCUCUGGAUACCCUGAAAGUUGCUCUAUAGAUCAGGCUGCCCUGGGACUCAGAGAUCUCACCUGCCUCUGAUCUUCAUGCUGACACUAAAGGCACGCGCCACAACUGCUCAGCACCAUUGGCUUUUUUAAGUGUCACAGGAAAAGGAUUUGGAGUAUAGCUCAAAGGUUUUUCUCACUGGAUCUCUGAGUGUCCGGCCCACUCCACCAUGGCCAGCCGGGGUGGGGGCCGGGGUCGUGGCCGAGGCCAGUUGACCUUCAACAUGGAGGCUGUGGGCAUUGGGAAGGGUGACGCUUUGCCCCCGCCCACUCUCCAGCCUUCUCCACUCUUCCCUCCCUUGGAGUUCCACCCGGUGCCACUGCCCACGGGAGAGGAAGGGGAGUAUGUUCUGGCCCUGAAGCAAGAGCUGCGUGGGGCCAUGAGGCAGCUCCCCUACUUCAUCCGGCCAGCUGUCCCCAAGAGAGAUGUGGAACGUUACUCCGACAAGUAUCAGAUGUCCGGGCCGAUUGACAAUGCCAUCGACUGGAACCCUGAUUGGCGGCGGCUACCCAGGGAGCUCAGGAUUCGAGUGCGCAAACUACAGAAGGAGAGGACCACCAUUGUCCUCCCCAAGGGGCUCCCCAAGACCACAGAAGACAAAGAGGAAACAAUCCAGAAACUGGAGACUCUGGAGAAGAAGGAGGAGGAAGUGACCUCAGAGGAAGAUGAAGAGAAAGAAGAAGAAGAAGAAAAGGAAGAGGGGGAAGAAGAGGAGUAUGAUGAAGAAGAGCAUGAAGAGGAAACUGAUUACAUCAUGUCAUAUUUUGACAAUGGUGAGGACUUUGGAGGUGACAGCGAUGACAAUAUGGAUGAGGCCAUAUACUGAAAACCUAGGCCCAUCUAUCUUUCUCGCUUUGAGAUAUAGGGACUAAAUAUCCUAUUAUUUAGGGUUUUUACUUUUUCUGUUAUUGUUAUUGAGACAGGACCUCAUGUAGGUCAGGCUGGCAUGGAUCUCAGUAUGUAGCUGAGGCUAGCCUUGAACUCUGAUCCUCCUGCCUCUAUCUCCCAAGUCUUGAGAU